CGCCGCCGCUGCCGCCGCCGCCACCCGCGGCCCGAGUCGCAGCGGGGCUUCCGCCUCCUCGCCCACCGACAGACCGACCGACCGACCGACCGACCGACGACCGAAAGACAGACCGACCGACCGACCGACGCCUCCUCAGGUCUGCAGUCAUGAGCCACUCGAAAGCCAAGGAAGUCAAGAUGUUGGAGGUUCAGUUUGUGGGAGACGAUGACGUGCUCAAUCACAUCCUUGAAAAAGAAGAAGGGGCGAAACUUCGGCGGGACCGAGCGCAGUUACUAGUCAACAUGAAGAAACUCCUGAAGAAGCAAGAAUGUGAUUCAGCAGCAGAUGACCAGGAAGUCCUGAAAGAGAAGAACUACGUGGAUGUUCUCGGAACUGAUGCUCAAGAGUCCUUGAGAAACGGCUGCGGCCCUGGCGGCGGUAACGGCCGUGGGGGCAGCGAGGUCUACACUUUCCAGACCCGAAAACAUUCGGAAAAGAUGGCAGAGCUCGCUUCACAACUAGCCAAAACGCCAGGGAAAAGCGUUCCCUCGGACUUGCAGGAGCGUCCGGAAAAGAUGGCGAGCACCCCCCAGAGUAGUAAGAAACGUUCUACUUUGGAAAAAACCCAGUCGAAGGUUAAAAAGAAGAAUGAAUUUGUGUCAACAACACCUUACAGACUAAGGAAGAGACUGACAGUGCCGAGCUUGCGCUCGGACAGUGAAAGCGACUACUCCGCGUCCGACUCAGAGGACGAGGAGACGGCGACCCAGGAAGAGGAAGAGGAGAUGGUGGAAAUUCUGUCGGACCCAAAGCCUUCGACGAAGGACAGGCUGCCUUCGGCAGAGGCUCGCAAAAAAACUCCGGCAAAGAAAAUGAAGACAGACCCGACAACUGACCUGGUAGAAGAAUACUUUGAGGCACACAGCAGUUCGAAAGUUCUGACCUCUGAUAGAACUUUACAGAAAUUGCAGAGAGCAAAACUGGACCAGCAAACUUUGCGUAACCUGCUCAACAAGGUUUCUCCCACCUUUUCUGCCGAACUGAAACAACUAAAUCAACAGCACGAACAACUAUUUCACAAGUGGAUGCUGCAGUUACAUCUGAGAUUCAAUAUCGUGCUGUAUGGACUCGGCUCAAAGAGAGACUUAUUGGAAAAGUUCCGUACCUCCAUGCUGCAGGAUUCGGUCCACGUGGUCAUCAAUGGCUUCUUCCCGGGAAUCACUCUAAAAUCAAUUCUGAAUUCUAUAACGGAGGAGGUCCUUGAUCACAUGGGCACCUUUCGCAGCGUGCUAGAUCAGCUGGACUGGAUAAUCCACAAAUUUAAAGAAGAUUCUUCCUUGGAGCUCUACCUCCUGAUCCACAAUCUGGAUAGCCAGAUGCUGAGGGGAGACAGAAGCCAGCAAAUUCUCGGCCAGUUGUCGGCCCUGCCGAACAUCUACCUCAUCGCUUCGAUCGACCACAUCAACGCUCCUCUCAUGUGGGACCACUCAAACCAGAGUCUUUAUAAUUGGCUGUGGUAUGAAACGACGACGUAUAAUCCCUACAUCGAAGAAACGUCCUAUGAGAACUCUCUCCUUGUGCAGCAUUCUGGAGCUCUGGCCCUCAGCUCCCUAACCCACGUCAUCCGCAGUCUCACCCCCAACGCGAGGGGGAUUUUCCAGCUAUUGACAAAAUAUCAACUGGAAAAUAAGGAUAACCCUUCCUACAUAGGGCUUUCGUUUCAGGAUUUCUAUCAGCAAUGCCGGGAGGCGUUCCUCGUCAACAGCGACCUGACCCUUCGGGCUCAGUUAACCGAAUUCAGGGACCACAAGCUUAUCAGGACGAAAAAGGGAGCCGAUGGAGCGGAGUAUUUAUUAAUCCCCGUGGACACGGGGACCCUGCUAGAUUUCCUGGAAAAGGAGGAGGAGGAGGAAGCGUGAAAGCGUCCCGUUCCUGCUGGAUCGCCCCCAAGGGCCGGCGCGGGGAGUCCGUCCUACAGCUGCCGUCUCUCCAGCCGAAACUCUGUUUACACGGACCGGGCGGAGAAGCGGGCGGCUUUCUCUGCCGGUCCUCGGGGAGAUUCCACCCCCCCCCCCCCUUGUCCCUCCGUCCCCCCGCCAACUCCGGGAAAAACCCCGUGGUUGGUUCCAUCCUCUUACUCUCCGGAGCGGAUCUGCCCGCUCUGUUUGGUUCAACGCCUUCUUCGGGCCCCGGGCGGUCUUCCCUCCCUCCCGCUAGCGAAAAUGUGCCUUUUGUUCCUUACCUCGCCGGAGACUCGCUCGCCACUGGAACGGUACGUUCAGGGCCCGCUAGAAACCGGCGAUCUCGAGUGCAAUUCUGUCCCGGGGCGGGGGCGGUCCGCUCCCCGAUCCCCCCGCCGCCCCCGCACACUUGGAGCCAACGUAGCCGUGACGGGCCAGUUCCGGGGGGCGGGAGCUACGGCGGCGCGGGCCGCCGGAUCCGGGGCCGCCUGCGGGCGCCUCCGUCCCAGCGGCCGGGGGCCGAGGAAGGCGUUAGACCUGGGACUCUGUGGUAAGUGGCUGAAAUCAGGGAGGCCAGAUUUAGAAUGCGGUAGGAAACGCUGCUUUUUUUUUUCCUCCUCCUCCUUCCUCCCCACCCCCCGUUUGGGGGCGGGAGGGAGGGAUGGGAUUUCGAAGGGGACACUCAGAGCACCCCCUAAAGAACCCAAACAGGAAGCCAGGCCGGAAGGGCAGCGGGACUCCCGGUGUUCUGUUUCGUAAACUAAUUUAAACAGCAAUAGAAAAUAAAGUUUUUCAAGAUA